AGCAGUCGAGACCACAAAUGGUUCCCGUUCGGCCAGACCCAGAAGUUAUGCCGACCGUAGGAGCGCGCGCCUUCCUUGUGGAGAAUCAUUGCGAUGAAUGUGUACUUUUUUUGGCUGACUGUGCUACUGCCGCACUUGUCAUCUAAGAACAGCUUUCCCAACUCCUGGUAGCAACGCAAAACAGUGCGGAAGUGAACGUGUUGCGCGGUCAAGAGGACAGCAAUUUGACGCAACACAGACUCAGACCGGACACGCGCCCAUGGUGACAGCUUUGCAGAACAUUCAUGCAUUGCUGUUAGACCAGGUUUGUCCUCUCGACUCCUUGGCACCACCCAAGCGUAUUUGCCUGCGUGCUAUUGUGUAUAUGCUGCCCCCAACACUUAUUUAGUUGAUGCAGUCCGAUGUGUACCAGCGCAAAGGUUCGGUUUGUUUGCGCCUGUGACCGUACCUCAGGCUAGGUGUGGCGCAAGAUCUUGUAGAGUCGUGGAUUUAUUUUUAGGUUCUUAUUUCAGUGCACCAUCUUUUUGCCACGCAAAAGUUCUGAUUGGCGCCAAUGUAAAGGAAACUGGUGGAAGAACAGAAAGAACAUGUGUAACUGUAGGCCUGAUCUUUAGUGGAAGCUGGUGGCGCUAUGUCCUGACCAGAAGAACAGAAAGCAGACAUGUGACAUGUGUAAAAAGGCCGAUAUUGGCGUAAAGAUAUUGGCAAAAAUAUGUUGCCCAGUUGGCGGGGGAUCUUGGAGUUCCAGGUUCUAGAGUUAGAAGCUGAGAAAGACAGAAGCGGGGUUUUGUCAGGAUGGAAGCAGGUGUUAGAGUUCAGAGAGGACAAACAAGAACGUGAUACAACAAAACAACACCAAUCGAAGAAACACUUGGCCUGGAACUGUUAUUUUGAGGGCUGUUCACCUAAGUUUGCCCCCGAGUUGAGCCAGCGUGUUGAGCUUUGGAUCCCCGCUCUCGGUCUGUUUGCUUCAUUCGAACGUCCCAACCCCGCAUGAGACAGUGAUGAAACUCGUUACACCCCGAGCGUCAAAAGAAGGAUUUUUUUGCAGUUUAUGGUCAUUUUGUGUUUGUAGUUUUUGUGAAAUGAUUGCACAAACCAGCCGGCUGCGAAAGAUUACGAAACAGAACAGAACAAGGAGUCGUGGUGCCUUUCAACCAAGUGGCUAGUGCCUAGCUCGUUGCUGUAGUGCCCUGCAAGUUUGUUGACGCGGAGAAAGAGCAGCAGACCCAGGCAACACAACCCAAAGACAAAACUGGAGUGAUUUAUUAGUCGCACAAGAGCACCUGCAAGGGCAAACGCAUCAUCACAACAAUCCAGCUACCAGAGCCAAAACUGCAUCAACAUUGAAAACACGAUGGUACGGUCAACCUAGAUGGGGUGCGGAGAAUGCGUAUGAAUGAAUAUGGAUCUUGCAGGCGGCACCAUUGUGUUUGUUCAAAUAUGCGUUUCGCUCGAAGUCGUUGUGGCCCAUGCGCUGUGACUAAUUAUUUCGGCACUCGGCUGGUUGAUUGUCAGAGGGCAUGGGUGACAUUGCAGUUGCAGAUGUUGCAGAUGAGACAUGUUCAAAGCCCUUCACAAGGUCAGUGCUGAUGGCUAUACCUAUGAAAGAGCUGCCAUUGCCAGAUGGUUUGAGACGUCGCGGAAGAGCCCUGUCACUGGCCAGACUUUGCCACAUGCUGAUUUGGUCCCAAAUCAAUCAGUACGAACCCUUUUGAAGACGAUCAUUGACAUGACAGAAAAGCACCAGGAGAAGAGUGCGCAAAGCCAUGGAAAACAUCGUGACUCUUCAAGUUCUGAUGGUUGGUUUGGAACGUGCGAGCGCUGCGAAGUGGCAGAUCGACGCAGCGAAGCAGAUCAAACGGAGACCUCCAAGGAGGCUCAGAAAGUGUGGUCAAAAGCGAGAACCAGCUGCUCAUCGGCUUCAGCAUCCUCUAGCAGCUCUUCCUCUUCAUCCUUUCCGCAAGUUGGUGUGGGCGUGGGACUUGGUGGGUUAUGACCUCAACCCAGGUGUCCCAAGUAGCAGUCACGAGGAUGACAUGGUGGUUUGUGACUUGUACAUAUAUACUUGUACAGUGCACCAAAUGAAGAUAUUCAAGAGAGCAGUUUGCUCAGUUGAAAUUUGCUAUGGGUUGUGCUGCUAGGAUAUGUGAAUGGUGACCAUGACGC